AACACCCUUGUAGCACAUACCCAUGAUGCUCAGUGAAAAGGCGAAAGGCAAACAGAAAGCCGCUGACCCUCCUACAGGAGUAGCCUCGACCUCAAACAUUGCUACAUCUCCAAAAGACAUAAGAAGAUUCAUCGUCCGCUUCACAGAGGAUGCACCUGAUUUGGAAUUAGCUGUUACUGAACAGGACACUAUUCGAGAUGUCAAGAGAUAUAUUCGGGAUCAAAGACCAGAAUUCAAAGACCGAAGAUUGCGGCUCAUAUACUCAGGAAGACUGCUAACCGAUGGCACGUUGGUUUUCUCAUGGCUCAAGCCUCCGGACGAGCGUCAAGUGGGAGUGGAUAGUCCACAUGUCGCAUGGCUGCAUUGUUCGGUGGGGCAAGAACUAGAGCCGAAUGAAUUAGAGAACGACGAGAGUAAAGAACAAAUCUCUCAAAUCCAGCCUGCGAGGGGAUUCGAUAGGCUUGCCUCCUUGGGCUUCUCGGAAGAAGAUAUUGCGGGAAUUCGACGUCAGUUUCACAGUCAAUCGACUUCCAACUUUCUAGACGACCGAGACUUCGACUUGGAUGAAGACUAUGACGAGCAUGCUCGUGCGCUCGAAGAGCAGUGGAUAGACAACUUGGACAAUAACGAUGUUUCCUUAUCUAAUUCCUCCAAUUCCAACUCUCCAGCAAUGAUUGGCAUCAUUAUUGGCUUUUUCUUCCCAUUCAUACCUGCAUUCAUCAAUGGCAAUAAACCUGCGCAACCAAUAUUUUGGGAAGAUGGGAUCGAGCACCGACCCACUGAAAGUAUGGUGUUUCCGCGGACGAUACAGUUUGGGCUGGUAGCAGGUUUUUUGGCCAAUGUGCUGUUCGGAAUGUGGCGCUUUUUACUGGACACUUCCUGAUAUGAACCAAUUGGUGGUAUAGGAUAGUGCAAUUAUACCGGCUACAUGGGUCUGAUUCUAGACCCGAACCAGUAGCUUCGGUGUCGACACUUUGAAGACCGAGUAGUGACUGGUUCGAGUCUAAGUUUAUCCCUGAACAAUUGCUGAACUAUGUACAUACACUGCCCACAUCCUCUACUUAGAUCACAGUAAUGGAAAACACAUUUCUAUUGUGGGGGUUGACUCCUAAUAUCACUCUUGAUGGGAAAAACCUUGUGAAAAGUGCAUGGUCAGGUCCUCCUUGUAAUGCAUACAGUCACCCAGUAUUCAUCUCAGAUGGAACGAAUAUUUCAACCUCAUAUGCCAAGACAUCGAGUACCUAGCAGUUGUCGAAGAUGU